UCGGUUGUUUAGAAGAAAACGAUCUAGUGUGAUCGGAGAUCAUUAACGGUGUUUCUGUUGGAGUUAAGACGUGGGCUGCGGCCAACAGUAACCCGGAAUAAAGAUCCGAAACGGAAACAACAAGUUGGAGUCAUUACCAUCUCUUAGAAAAGGCAACAAAAGUUUGUUUUAUAGGUGUGGUGGCUUUUGUUGAGCCGUGGCGGUGCGACACGUACUAGUUUAGCCCAGCAGAAAGGCCCCGCGGCUGGCUGGACCCAGCUCGACACAGCAGCAGAGCGAGUCCACAUCCAGAAGGCUGGAGCCGUGUUUCACUGACAGGCUGUCAGACCUGAUGAGCUCAGCUGGGACAAACUGGUCUGAUGUUUAGGAACACAGAACGCUCAGAUGUUGGAGCUUCACGUCACCUACUGAGGACCACCAGUAAAGGGACUGCGUCUGGACCAGACCAAAUUUUCUUUAACUCGUGAGAGCAGCGCACCGCACAGAAGCCGGCUCCUUCGCACACGGGGGGAAACGGCAGCACUGGUUUUUCAAAUUUAAGGCAGAAGGAAGAGCUCCUGAAGAACUGAGGCCUCCCUUUGACCCAGAAGGACAUGGAGCCCCUCAACAUGAAGCAGGAAGAGGAGGAGCAGCUUGAUGAGAUUAAAACUGAUGCCACAAACAUUUCAUUCGCUGCAGUUUCUCAUCAGUUUAAGGAAGAAGGAAGAGAAGUUCUGUUGUCACAGUUUGAUCAGAACCAACCUAAAGACAGAGAUCUUCCAACCAGCAGCACCACUGACCAGAUGAAAGCAGAAAGUGGUAGACAGGACUGUGGAGGAGCAGAAACUACCAGGAAUCCAGAUCUAAAUCUUUAUGAAUAUGAUUCUAACUCUUCAGAGACUGAAGUCAGCAAUGAUGAAGAGGAUGACCAGGAUGGCAACAAUUCUGACUGUCAACUGAAACUCUUGUCAGAUUCUGAGCCAAACACCAAAGAUCAUAACAAAGACUGGAAGGAGAGCAGGUCUUCUAAAUUACAUGUAAAGGCUGUCAAAUCAUUCAGCUGCCCAGAGUGUGGUGAACAGUUUCUCCAUGAGCAGUCUCUCCAGAAACACAGAGUGAAAAGUCAUUCAGGACUGAAGUCUUCAAGCUGUUAUGUUGAUAAGAAAUGUGUUAGAGUGAAGCAAAAUGUAAACUCUAGUAGGAAAGUUCAGACAAAACUAAAAUCAUUUACUUGUGACAACUGUGGAAAAAGUUUCCGCUCCAUAUCACAUUUAAACCUUCACAUGAGAGUUCACACAGGACAGAAGCCUUUUGCUUGUAAGCUCUGCGGACAAAGAUUUAGUGAUAAGUCAAAUUUAAACAGACACAUGAGUGUCCAUACAGGACAGAAGCCUUUUGCUUGUGAGCUCUGUGGACAUAGAUUUACCCAAAAAGGAAAUUUAGACAUUCACAUGAGAGUCCACACAGGAGAGAAGCCUUUUGCUUGUGAGCUCUGUGAAAAAAGGUUUGGUGAGAAGUCAAGUUUAAACAGUCACAUGAGAGUCCACACAGGACAGAAGCCUUUUGCUUGUGAGCUAUGUGAAAAAAGAUUUAGUGUAAAGUCAAGUUUAAACAUUCACAUGAGAAUCCACACAGGACAGAAGCCUUUUGCCUGUGAGCGCUGUGGAGAAAGAUUUACCCAAAAGGGGCAUUUAAACAAACACAUGAGAGUCCAUACAGGACAGAAGCCUUUUGCUUGUGAGCUCUGUGAAAAAAGAUUUAGUGUAAAGUCAAGUUUAUACAGUCACAUGAGAGUUCACACAGGACAGAAGCCUUUUGCUUGUGAGCUCUGCGGACAAAGAUUUAGUGAAAAGUCAAAUUUAAACAAACACAUGAGAGUUCACACAGGACAGAAGCCUUUCGCUUGUGAGCUAUGUGAAGAAAGAUUUGGUGUAAAGUCAAGUUUAAACAGUCACAUGAGAGUCCACACAGGACAGAAGCCUUUUGCUUGUGAGCUCUGUGGACAAAGAUUCACACACAAGGGACAUUUAAACAGUCACAUGAGAGUCCACACAGGACAGAAGCCUUUUGCUUGUGAGCUAUGUGAGAAAAGAUUUUGUGUAAAGUCAAGUUUAAACAGUCACAAGAGUGUCUAUACAGGACAGAAGUCUUUUGCUUGUGAGCUCUGUGGACAUAGAUUCACACAGAAGGGAAAUUUAGACAAACACAUGAGAGUUCACACAGGACAGAAGCCUUUUGCCUGCAAGCUCUGGACAAAGAUUUACCCAAAAGGGAAAUUUAGACAUUCACACGAGAGUCCACACAGGACAGAAGCCUUUUGCUUGUGAGCUCUGCAGACAAAGAUUUGCUCAAAAGAGAAGUUUAAACUUUCCCACGAGAGUCCACACAGAACAGAAUUAAUGAACAUGAUUAAAAUAUUUAUUUUGAGACUUCUACGGGUGUUGAAUGAAAUGUGCUACUGAUCUGAAAGCUCUUUUAACUAAAAUGAAAGGCAGCAGUUUUAUUAAAUGUUUUGGGGAAGAAAAGGUUGAAAAUGAAAUAUUUUUUUGCCACUAAAGUAGGGCUGAAACGAUUCCUCGAGUACCUCAAAUAAUUCGAGUACAAAAUAUCCUCGAGUCAAAUUCUCUGUCUCGAAGCUUCGUUUAAUUCAUGUUUAAUUAAUUCAUGGGUUUGCAAUCGCCCGUGGUCAUGUUUCACCCGGACCGCAAUAAGUGACGCACAUGCAUACUGCACUGAAUGCACACGCGAGUAGCGAAUGUAACUUAACUUUAUUUUAAGCUGUGGCGGACAACGUGGACCCCGGUGGAGUGCGAAAAAAACACAAAAUGUCAAAGGUGUGGGACCAUUUUUCACAUCGUAAGGCGGAAAAUGUACUCCAGUGUAAAUACUGUAAAAUGGAUUUAGCCUACCACAACACUACAUCCUCCAUGCUGCAACCUGACCAGGAAACAUCCACAUGUAAACGUCACUUCUGCAAGCGGACUCGGAGCCUCUACAAGAUAAUGCAUUUUAGCCUGUAUUUCUAUAUAUUCUGCGGACACUGUGCAACUUUUUCAUUUGUAGCACUUAGUUUCAGCUCACACCGUACGUCUGGUAGCAACACGUUGGACUUUAAAUGUGCUAAAAAUAGCAGUUUUACAACACGUCAGACUUUUUACUGUGUUGUUAUUCAUGUCCGUUGUCUCUCAGGAUUGCUGCAGGAGGACACAGGUAUUUAUGAGUGGCGGAGGAAAACGAAAGAAAGUAAAUAAAUGUUUUGUGAUCAGUAUAAUUUGACAUAACCACGGCAAACAUGCUUUCGACAAUCCUUGUUAGUGUGAGACAAAAAAAAGGGUAGAAAUUAAAACGGACGGGUAUUAAUAGGGAAAUAGCUGGCGAGCCAUGUUUGCGCAUGCGCCGUGAGCGGUUCUGGUGCUGUUUGGGCCGCAGCCGCUCGCAUUUAUUUACUGUGAAGUAAAGUUGAAGUGCUGAAGUUUUGAAAACUAAUUUUAAAUAAAACUUGAAUAA